GGCGGCCGGGCUGAGCUGGAGGAGCAGGAGGAGCUGGAGGAGGAGGAGGAGGAGGUCGAGAAGGAGGGGACAGCGGGAACCUCUGGGCUCCCUGAUUGCUAGCGAGCCCUAGCCCAGGGCUGCGCUCCAUUCAUGAAAGCCGCCCGGGUUAGCAGCAGCCUCGGCGGCUCCAGAGGCAGCAGCAGAAGCUCAGCCGGCGGCCCCUCCUCCUCCCGAGCUGGUCGCACCCCUCCACCUCCUCUGUUCACCUUCAUCUCUCGGCCGAAGCUAGAAGGUAGACCGAGUCUCAAACCAUGAAUUAUGUGGGGCAGCUUGCUGGGCAAGUCAUUGUCACUGUAAAGGAGCUAUACAAGGGCAUUAAUCAAGCCACACUCUCUGGAUGCAUUGAUGUCAUUGUGGUCCGGCAGCAAGAUGGCACCUAUCAGUGUUCUCCAUUUCAUGUUCGGUUUGGGAAGCUUGGAGUCCUCAGAUCAAAGGAAAAAGUGAUUGACAUAGAAAUCAAUGGUGACGCUGUGGAUCUUCACAUGAAGCUGGGGGAUAAUGGAGAAGCCUUCUUUGUUGAGGAGAUUGAAGAGGAAUAUGAAAAGCUUCCUGCCUACUUGGCUACCUCACCAAUACCUACAGAAGAUCAGUUCUUUAAAGAUAUUGAGACUCAUUUGAUUCAGUCAGGUGGAAAUGAAAGGAUGUGUCAGAGUGUAGAAAUCUCACACAUGAUGGAGACAGAGACCGUUUUCAACCCAGGUUCUGUGAAGAAGAAAAAACGGCGGAAAAAGAAGUACAAACAAGAAAACAAGAAGGAAGAUCAGACCCCAUCUCCUGGAACGGAGGACGCCUUUGAUAUAGACAUGAGCUCUGAUGAUGAAAAAGGAGCCCAGCCUAUGAGAGGACCUUCAACUGCUACAAUGAAGGAGGAGGACUAUAAGGAACCUUUGAUCUUCCAUUCCAGUGAUCAUUACCCAUUAUCUGAUGGAGAUUGGUCCCCUUUGGACAAUGCCUUCUCCCAGACCGUCUGUCCUAAGAGUGAUUCAGAACUCGAAGUGAAACCUGCUGAGAGCUUGCUCAGAUCAGAAUCUCACAUGGAGUGGACCUGGGGAGGUUUCCCAGAGUCUACCAAGGUCAGCAAGAAAGAGAGAUCAGAUCACCCUCGAACGGCUACCAUCACACCGUCAGAAAAUACUCAUUUUAGGGUCAUCCCCAAUGAUGAUAACCUGGUAAAUGAAGUUGAGAAGCAUGCUUCAGUGGAAGACACUGUGUGUACAAUAGUAAAACCAAAGCCAAGAGCACUCUGUACACAGAUGAGGGAGCCGACUGAGACCGCUUCUGUUGCUUCUGCAAUCCUUGAACCUCCUCUCGAAAGCUCACAAGUUUUAUCUAUGUUAGAUGCAGAUCCUCUCCCUAACCCAUCAGUGGAGCCUCCAUCAUCAGAAAUAAAGCCAGCCACUAAACUGGAUUCCCCAUCAAAGAAGAAAGGUGUCCACAAGAGAAGCCAGCACCAGGGACCUGAUGAUAUUUACCUAGAUGACCUAAAAGCCUUGGAACCUGAAGUUGCGGCACUCUAUUUCCCCAAAAGUGAUUCUGAUCCAGGUUCUAGACAGUGGACCGAGUCUGAUACUUUGUCUGGCUCUCAGUCUCCUCAGUCAGUAGGAAGUGCAGCUGCUGACAGUGGCACAGAAUGCCUCUCUGAUUCUGCAAUGGACUUGCCUGAUGUGACCCUCUCACUUUGUGGGGGCCUCAGUGAAAAUGGAGAGAUAUCAAAAGAAAAAUUCAUGGAACAUAUCAUUACUUACCAUGAAUUUGCAGAAAACCCUGGACUUAUAGAUAAUCCUAAUCUAGUGAUACGGAUCUAUAACCGGUACUAUAACUGGGCCUUGGCUGCUCCCAUGAUCCUAAGCUUGCAGGUGUUCCAAAAGAGCUUGCCCAAGGCUACGGUUGAAUCCUGGGUUAAAGAUAAAAUGCCAAAGAAGUCUGGGAGAUGGUGGUUCUGGCGCAAAAAGGAGAGCAUGGCUAAACAGCCACCAGAGGCCAAAGAAGGGAAGUCUGAGAUACCACAAACAAGUGACUUGCCAAUGAAUGCAAAAGAGCAAACAAAUAUGAGGCCAACUGAAAAUGAUUCAUCUAGCGACGAGGACUCCCAGGAGCUUAAAGAUUCUCUCAAAAUCGAUCCUGUCCCAGUAGAACACUUGAGCCAUGGAAGCACUACUUCUUAUAAGAAGUCACUUAGACUUUCUUCAGACCAAAUCGCAAAACUGAAGCUCCAAGAUGGCCCAAAUGAUGUCGUGUUUAGCAUUACAACCCAGUAUCAAGGCACCUGUCGCUGUGCAGGAACCAUUUACCUGUGGAACUGGAAUGACAAGAUCAUAAUUUCGGAUAUCGAUGGAACAAUAACCAAGUCUGAUGCUUUAGGGCAGAUUCUCCCACAACUAGGCAAAGACUGGACUCAUCAGGGCAUAGCGAAACUCUACCAUUCCAUCAAUGAGAACGGGUACAAAUUUCUGUACUGCUCAGCUCGGGCCAUUGGAAUGGCAGACAUGACACGAGGAUAUCUGCACUGGGUCAAUGACAAGGGAACUAUUCUUCCUAGGGGGCCUUUGAUGUUGUCUCCUAGCAGCUUGUUCUCUGCUUUUCAUAGGGAAGUGAUAGAGAAGAAACCUGAAAAGUUCAAAAUUGAGUGUUUGAAUGAUAUCAAGAAUUUGUUUGCUCCAAGUAAAGAACCAUUCUAUGCUGCUUUUGGAAAUCGACCAAAUGAUGUGUAUGCCUACACACAAGUUGGGGUCCCAGAUUGUAGAAUAUUCACGGUGAAUCCCAAAGGUGAAUUAAUACAGGAACGGACCAAAGGGAACAAGUCAUCGUAUCACAGGCUGAGUGAACUUGUAGAACACGUGUUCCCACUCCUCAGCAAAGAACAGAAUUCUGCUUUUUCAUGCCCAGAGUUCAGUUCCUUUUGCUACUGGCGAGACCCAAUCCCUACAGUGAACAUGGAUGACCUGGCUUGAAUGUUGUCACCCCUCCAGGAAAAAGGGGUCUGCUCUUCAGAUGCUCAGGCUCAGUGUGAAGAGUGAAAAGCACUUGUGAACUGGGGGCACAUUCAUCUUACCUUAGAUCCAUAGGUGUUGAGGCACAGACCAUCCAGAGCAGUGAAAGGCACAACUGCCUUUUUAGCUUCACUCUCCUGGCUUGACUUGGGGAUUCAUUGUAUGUGGAACUUAACACUGCCAGAGCCCAUGGUACCAGAAGGUAGAGUGAAGAUGAAGCAUUAGCCUUAAGUUUGUAGUCCUAUGCUUCUCUUGUUGCAAACCUUUUGUAUUUGGUGGUUUGUUUUGUUUUUGUUUUUUCUUUUUUUUCCCCUUUUAAUUGCUGAAAUUAAAAGGUGGAAAGGAGAAGCCAAAAAAAGUGCACCAAAAAGUUAUGGAAAGUAGAUUGGAGUAAUCCCCAACCAGGCACUUUGGAUUUAGUGUUUCCAUGUAUUACCAGGGUAUUUUCAGAGGAUUAGUUGUUCGGUUAACUGUUACAGGGCCAAUUGAUAACGUAGGUACAAAAUCUGUAUAUAUCUGUUCUUAAAAAUCUUACUCAGAAAAAUAUAAAAGAAUAGCUGCUUAGAUGUACAAAUAUGUUUUAUCAUAUGUACAGCAAUAUUGGCACUCAUUAACCAGACCCUCAUUACUUAUCCCUAUACUGAAACUUUGUCAUUUUUUUUCAUUACAUUGAGUAAUGACAUCUUCCCUCUCCCUCUCCUCCAACCACUCCCACACACAUACAACACCCUUUAAAUAAGCAAGUCUUAUUUGAGCCUUAAUGUAAGACGUGGUUUUCUUGCAUUAAAGCAUGGUGAGCUUUUAGGGGAAGUUUCUUGAAUUUUCUUUUUCUUUCCUGUAAUUGCCCUAGGGCGGGGCCUUCUUGUUGUUCCAGCUCAGACUUAGCCAAGAGAGACAAAUCACACCUGUGCUUAGUUGAUUUACACCAUAAAUUUCAAAUAAUGGGAAUCUCAGUAGAGUUUGUGGGCCAGUAAAUCACAUGCAAGUGCACAUAGUUCUGGAAUUACCUAUGAGUGCAUCCUCAGAACCCCAAUUGGCACUCGUUGGCCACACUUUCUCUUGCCCAACUAGUUCCAUGUUCUCAGGAAAAACAGGCAAGCAUGUUCAUGUCAAAGUGAUCUCUCACCUGGGGUGAGCUGUUUCUGGGUAUCAUGGUUGGCACUCACUUCAGAAGGCUAGUUCUCUUGGGGAUGAGGUUUCCAAAAUUACGUUGGUCAUAUUUGUUAACGUAGUGCCCUUCUGUUGGCCACUCUGGGUCUCCCUUCAUGGUUAGAUUGCAAAGAUUAGCAGUGUUCAGUUGGGCAUUUUAAUCUGGUCUCAUGACAAAGCCAAGAGAAGUUGAGAAGUUUUUUUUUGGGGGGGGGGGAGGGGGAAGGAUCUCACUGUGGAUUAUCUAUCCCUGAAAAAAAGCUCUAGGACAAUCAUUGGGAGUCCUCACAUUUGCAGUGUUGCAAGUCUAGGUUCAGUAAAGACAAAUCAGUAUGUGCAGAUUUGGAGUGUAUUCCAUUGGUAGAAAGGUGGGGAGCGCAGAAUGGUUUUACUGGGGGUAUCUGUAGUGAAGGUGCAGAAAUGAAAUUUGGAGACUUAAAAUUGAGGUACUUUUACCAGAAAAUCAAGAACUGGAUUUCCCAGUUUAAUUGAAAAUUGCAGAUAGUUGCUCUAGCGUCUCUUGCCACCAGUAGUGGUGUACAUAUCCAAAUGGAUGGCACCAUGUUGCAAGCAAGUUCAGAAGUUCUGUUCCCUAGGUGAUUUUUUAGAGUCCAGGUUGGACACUCAUCCAUGGACAGACAAGACAGACAUGGGCUGUUCCUUCAGUGUCUUUUCUAGGGAACUAGUAGAGAAUUUUGGUGCGGACUGUAUUAUAUAGGUAGGGUCCUAGCCCAGUCGCUGAAAAACACCCUGAACUGAGAUGGCGGUGGCACUUAGGGUAAUAAAAUUGCAUUCCAGUUGAUCUUUCUGUUACUCUUAGUUCUUCCCAGGAGCUGUUGUGAAUGAUGAGCACUCUCGGUUCUGACCUGCCUUUUCCAUACUGUGAACAUAUUGAUCUGGAAAUGGGCUAGAGAGAUAGGGAGUGGUGGGGUCAGUCCUCCAGGUCACAAUGACUGGGGGUCGUCUCUGUGUCUUAGCUCUUGACCCUGGUUGGUUUGUCUUGAUGUGGAGCACACUUCGAGUGCAAGGGGGAAAACAUUAAAUGCCUUGGAUACUCUUCAGAGGCAGAACUUGAGUUAAGUGUUCCCAAUAAGGGGCCAGCUCUCACCUUCAGUGUUUCAGAAUGACUAAUCGUUUAGGUGAGCCAAUUGAAGUAUUUAUCCAUAUUAAGUUAGAGAAAGUAGAUUAUAUUUAUGAAGUUCUACCUAUCUAGUGAAUUAAAAUCAUAGUAGAGUGUGUGUAUGUGUAUAUAUCCAUAUGUAUGUAUAUGCUGGCAUACGUAUAUAUAUACACCAUACAUAUAUAUAUAUAUAGAUAACUUUAUUUUCAUAAGUGCCAGUAGCAUGUCAUCUAUAAAGCUCAUGCUUGUGAGCUCUACUCACCUAACCUCCAGAUGUAAGGGUGUUUUUGGUUUUUUUUUUUAACACAUGAGGUACAAAAAGUUUCUGAAUAUACCCACCUCUUCUUAAGUCCCCCUUCAAAGGAGACACGGCCUUUAGGAGUUUGAUGGUUUUAUUUCUCUUUAACAGUCUUCUCAAUGGACACGUAGGCCUUUUUGGAUCCAGCCUGAGAAUUGGAUUCUUACCUCUAUGUGACUGCUGUGACUCUCUCCCCUUUUGUGUUAGUGUCCAUAAGAAAUGGGCUUUGAUGGCCCGCUUGUUGCUUCAUGCUGCAGUCUGAUUCAGUGGCUCUAUGUAUGCUAAUUAACAGGUUAUUCUCUUUCUUUAUUUAAAAAAAGAAGUCUCUCUUACUGGAAGUAGGUGAUCUGCUCUGAUGAUAGUGUUAUUCAAGUAUUAAGUUUGUGCUAAAAUCCCAUUGCCGUUUGGUACAAAUGACUUUUGUUCUUUCUGUGAAAGAGGUGAAAUUCAGUGUGUUUGUACACCAACCCUUAAGAUGGUGUGUUAAUGAAGAUAUGUUAUUCCCAUUUAUUUGAAGUCACGUGAGAAGCUGUGUGUUUCAGCAGUUGUAGGAGAUAGUAAGGAAUGUUGGCGUGCAGAUCUGAUCAGUCUUUACUGCACGCCAUCCUUAUCUCCAGUGAUUCAAUAGCUUGAAUUUCCUUUAAAAAUAAUAAAAUCAGUCUUAUUAACUUUACCAAUUGCUUUUAUAUCCAUGUGCUUUGAGCUUGUACUUCUGCAAAAUGUCAGAUUUGUCCAUUGUCGAUCAGACUGUCAUAGAAGUACAGGUGUGGUGGUCCCAGAGCAUGCAGAUUUAACCCUUUCAAAUCCUUUUACUGUGUUUGGAUGUUCUAUUUCCAUAGUUUUCAACUGGGGGGAAAAUCUCUUGCUUUUCACAUGCCCCAAAGUGACAACUGCUAAUUUGUAUAGAGCUUCAGGAGAGACAGCUAAUCCAGCCGAAAAGUCUGGGCUAUUGGUCCAGCCGCUGAAUACAUUUCACCAUUCUAAGCCUCAUCGCAUCUUCCAGGGCCCUUGAAGAGUCCUUUAGGAAAGGUGCACUUAAAAUUAAAAAAAAACGAAAAACAAAUAACUUAUAAAGCAAAUUCCUUCUCUUAUUGAAAGAUGGUGGAAGUGUAACUAUUCAAGAAAUGUUGUCAGCUUUGACGUGAUAUAUUUUGCUCUGUGAAGCUUGAGUUUCCUGUGUUCAAUUCUGCUUUGUUGGGUGAAACUGGUUCAAAACUUAAUUUUUCUUAGAAGCAAGAUGAAAACUAUUAUUGUUGGUUUGUUUUGGAGGUGUAUGAAAAGAGGGGACUUUUCAGUGCUUUCCAUUAAUUAAGUUGAGAUUAUGGUGAAGUAUUUGAUUGUUGGACAGCAAAGACACUAAUAAGUUUUUUUUGGGUUGUCUAAAAUGAAUCUGAGCAUCAGUAGGAUACUUUGGGUUUGGUAAAGAGACUGCAUUAUCUUGGGGUAAAUGGCUCACAUUUUGGUGCAAUGUUUGAUGUUCAAAACAAAAUGUUCUGAUAAUAAACAAAUGUAAACUAAA